AACCUCUCACUAUGGCUCGCACCAAGCAGACAGCGCGCAAGUCCACAGGCGGGAAGGCUCCGCGCAAGCAGCUGGCCACCAAGGCGGCCCGCAAGAGCGCGCCGGCCACCGGCGGCGUGAAGAAGCCGCACCGCUACCGGCCGGGCACCGUGGCGUUGCGCGAGAUCCGGCGCUACCAGAAGUCCACGGAGUUGCUGAUCCGCAAGCUGCCGUUCCAGCGGCUGGUGCGCGAGAUCGCGCAGGACUUCAAAACGGACCUGCGCUUCCAGAGCUCGGCCGUGAUGGCGCUGCAGGAGGCGUGCGAGGCGUACCUAGUGGGACUCUUCGAGGACACCAACCUAACCUGGUCCUCCACCAUGUCUGGACGCGGCAAAGGCGGCAAGGGGCUCGGCAAGGGCGGCGCCAAGCGCCACCGCAAGGUGCUGCGCGACAACAUCCAGGGCAUCACCAAGCCCGCCAUCCGGCGCCUGGCCCGACGCGGCGGCGUCAAGCGCAUCUCCGGGCUCAUCUACGAGGAGACCCGCGGGGUGCUCAAGGUGUUCCUGGAGAACGUGAUCCGGGACGCCGUCACCUACACGGAGCACGCCAAACGCAAGACGGUCACGGCCAUGGACGUGGUGUACGCGCUCAAGCGCCAGGGCCGCACCCUCUACGGCUUCGGGGGCUGA